CCGGGCCCGCCCAGCCCGACUUCCCAGACUCGGGAGGCUGCGGCGGGACGCGGGGCGUCAUGGCGGCCUCGGAGCGCCGCGCCUUCGCUCACAAGAUCAACAGGACAGUGGCUGCCGAGGUCCGGAAGCAGGUGUCCCGGGAACGCAGCGGCUCACCCCACUCCAGCCGGCGCUCCAGUAGUUCUCUGGGGGUCCCUCUGACGGAGGUCAUCGAACCCCUCGAUUUUGAGGAUGUACUUUCAAGCCGGCCACCUGAAGUCGAGCCCGGGCCUCUCAGGGACUUGAUAGAGUUUCCAGCUGAUGACUUAGAACUACUGAAGCAGCCCCGAGAAUGUCGGACCACGGAGUCUGGGGUCCCCGAGGACGGAAAGUUGGACGCCCAGGUGAGGGCUGCGGUGGAGAUGUACUCGGAGGACUGGGUCAUUGUACGCAGAAGGUACCAGCACCUGAGUCCAGCCUACAGCCCUGUCACUACAGAGACACAAAGAGAGCAACAGAAAGGCCUCACCUGCCAGGUCUUCGAGCAGGACACCUCUGGGGACGAAAGGAUGGGUCCUGAGGACAUGGAUGACUCCCAGCACUGCUCGGGCUCCCCCGAGGACACCCCUCGAAACAGUGGGGCCUCUGGCAUCUUCAGCCUGAAGAACCUGGCUUCGGACUCACUGCUGCCAGCACUGCUUGAGCGGGCAGCCCCCGAGGAUGUGGACCGGCGCAAUGAGGCCCUCAGGCGGCAGCAGCGGGCCCCCGCCCUGCUCACCUUGUACCCUGCUCCCGAUGAGGAUGAAGCCGUAGAACGCUGCAGCCUCCCAGAGCCUCCCCGAGAGCACUUUGGACAGCGGAUCCUAGUGAAGUGUCUGUCACUCAAGUUUGAGAUUGAAAUUGAGCCCAUCUUUGGCACCUUGGCCCUGUAUGAUGUACGAGAGAAAAAGAAGAUUUCAGAAAACUUCUACUUCGACCUAAACUCGGACUCCGUGAAGGGACUGCUCCGGGCCCAUGGCACCCACCCGGCCAUCUCCACCUUGGCACGCUCUGCCAUCUUCUCUGUGACCUACCCCUCCCCUGACAUCUUCCUGGUUGUCAAGCUAGAGAAGGUGCUUCAGCAGGGGGACAUCAGCGAGUGCUGCGAGCCCUACAUGGUGAUGAAGGAGGCUGAUGCAGUGAAGAACAAAGAGAAGUUGGAGAGGCUGCGCCUGGCCGCCGAGCAGUUCUGCACCAGGCUGGGCCGCUACCGCAUGCCCUUCGCCUGGACCGCUGUGCACCUGGCCAACAUCGUGAGCAGCGUUGGGCCCCAGGACCGGGAUUCCGACUCCGAGGGUGGUAAGGACGCACGCCAGCCCAGCCGCUUGCUAGCUCGCACCAUCAUUACACUCCCUUUCUCUGCUACCAUUGUCCCUCUAUGUCCCUCUAAUUCCUGUGAUUACCCCCCACCCCCCACCCCCGCUGCCACCAUGCCUCCUUUCCUAGAGCGCAAACCUACUUGGGCAGAACGCCGCCGUCGGGGGCCCCAGGAUCGAGGCGGUAGUGGAGAUGAUGCUUGCAGCUUCUCCAGCUUCCGCCCGGCCACGUUAACUGUCACCAACUUCUUUAAACAGGAGGCUGAACGGCUUAGUGAUGAGGACCUUUUCAAGUUUCUGGCGGACAUGCGGCGACCUUCGUCCCUGCUGAGGCGUUUGCGACCAGUGACUGCUCAGCUCAAGAUUGACAUCUCCCCAGCACCAGAGAGCCUACACUUCUGCCUGUCCCCCGAGUUACUGCACAUCAAGCCCUACCCAGACCCCAGAGGGCGCCCCACCAAGGAGGUUCUGGAGUUCCCUGCCCGAGAGGUCUAUGCCCCCCAUACUUGCUACAGGAACCUGCUCUUCGUGUACCCACACAGCCUCAAUUUCAGCAGUCGUCAGGGCUCCGUGCGCAACCUGGCCGUGCGGAUCCAGUACAUGGCCGGCGAGGACCAAAGCCAGGCCUUGCCGGUCAUCUUUGGGAAAUCUAGCUGUAGCGAAUUCGCCCGAGAGGCCUUCACACCAGUGAUCUAUCACAACAAGUCUCCUGAGUUCUACGAGGAAUUCAAGCUGCGAGUUCCCGCCUGCGUGACCGAGAACCAUCACCUGUUUUUUACCUUCUAUCACGUCAGCUGCCAGCCCCGGCCAGGAGCACCCCUGGAGACGCCUGUGGGCUUCACUUGGAUCCCUCUGCUGCAACAUGGCCGCCUGCGGACUGGCCCCUUCUGCCUGCCUGUGUCAGUGGACCAGCCUCCACCCAGCUACUCAGUCCUGACCCCCGAUGUGGCGCUGCCGGGCAUGCGCUGGGUGGACGGUCACAAGGGUGUGUUCAGUGUGGAGCUCACAACCGUGUCGUCCGUGCACCCCCAGGACCCCCACUUGGAUAAGUUCUUCACCCUGGUGCAUGUUCUACAAGAAGGGACCUUUCCAUUCCGGCUCAAGGAGACGGUGCUGAGUGAGGCGACUAUGGAGCAGGAGCUGCGAGCCAGCUUGGCGGCUCUGCGCCUCGCCAGCCCAGAGCCCCUUGUGGCCUUUUCCCACCACGUUCUAGACAAGCUUGUCCGCCUGGUUGUGCGGCCACCGGUCAUUGGUGGCCAGAUAGUGAACCUGGGCCGAGGGGCCUUUGAAGCUAUGGCUCAUGUAGCCAGCCUUGUGCACCGGAGCCUGGAGGCCGUCCAAGAUUCCCGUGGCCACUGCCCACUGCUGGCUGCCUAUGUCCAUUAUGCCUUUCGGCUCCCUGGCGGAGACCUCAGCCUACCAGGUGGGGUCGCUCCAGCAACUGUACAGGCUGCUACACUGGCCCGAGGCGCUGGCCGCCCCACCAGCCUCUACCUGACACGCUCUAAGAGCAUCAGCAGCAGCAACCCUGACCUGGCCGUGGUCCCUGGCUCUGUGGAUGAUGAGGUGUCCCGCAUCCUAGCCACCAAGGGUGUCGAUCGCUCACACUCCUGGGUGAACUCUGCUUAUGCUCCGGGAGGCAGCAAGGCUGUGUUGCGGCGGGUGCCCCCGUACUGUGGGGCUGACCCCAGACAGGCCAUCGACCGCAACUCUAGCCGUGCCUCCUCUUACCUGGAGGCCUCCUCCUCCUCGGCCCUGCCAGCCCCUCAGCCAAGACACACUGUGCAGAAGCUGCUGCACGAGGAGCUGGCCCUGCAGUGGGUGGUGAGCGGCAGCGCAGUUCGCGAGGUGGUCCUGCAGCACGCCUGGUUCUUCUUCCAGCUCAUGAUAAAAAGCAUGGAGCUACACUUGCUCCUGGGCCAGCGAUUGGACACUCCCCGCAAGCUACGCUUCCCUGGGCGCUUCCUGGACGACAUUGCGGCCCUGGUGGCCUCUGUGGGCCUGGAAGUCAUCACCCGAGUCCAUAAGGACAUGGAACUGGCUGAGCGCCUCAACGCCAGCCUGGCCCUCUUCCUCAGCGACCUCCUGUCCAUAGCAGACCGAGGCUACGUCUUCAGCCUGGUGCGAGCUCACUACAAGCAGGUGGCUACUCGGCUGCAGUCUGCCCCCAACCCUGCUGCGCUGCUGACCCUGCGAAUGGACUUCACCCGCAUCCUGUGCAGCCAUGAGCACUACGUGACCCUUAACCUCCCGUGCUGUCCCCUGUCGCCCCCAGCCUCCCCCUCCCCCUCAGUGUCCUCCACUACCUCCCAGAGCUCCACCUUCUCCAGUCAGGCCCCCGACCCUAAGGUGACCAGCAUGUUCGAGCUCAGUGGGCCUUUUAGGCAGCAGCAUUUCCUGUCUGGACUCCUGCUGACAGAGCUGGCCCUCGCCCUGGAUCCUGAAGCUGAGGGGGCACCUCUUUUGCACAAGAAGGCCGUUAGCGCCGUACAUAGCCUGCUGUGCAGCCACGAUGUUGACCCCCGCUACACAGAGGCUGCCGUGAAGGCCAAGGUGGCCGAGCUGUACCUGCCCCUGCUCUCCCUUGCGAGGGACACGCUGCCACGGCUGCAUGGCUUUGCCGAGGGCUCAGGGCAGCGAUCAAGACUGGCUUCCAUGCUGGACUCAGACACGGAAGGUGAAGGGGACAUUGGAGGCACCAUCAACCCGUCAGUGGCCAUGGCCAUUGCUGGGGGGCCUCUGGCUCCUGGCUCUCGCACCAGCAUUUCCCAGGGACCUUCAUCAGCGGCUCGCUCAGGCUGCCCCCUCUCUGCUGAAUCCAGCCGGACCUUGUUGGCGUGUGUGCUGUGGGUCUUGAAAAAUGCAGAGCCAGCCCUUCUGCAGCGCUGGGCUGCCGACCUGGCCCUGCCCCAGCUGGGACGCCUCCUGGACCUCCUCUACCUCUGUCUGGCUGCCUUUGAGUACAAGGGGAAGAAGGCGUUUGAGCGGAUCAACAGCCUCACGUUCAAGAAGUCCCUGGACAUGAAAGCCCGGCUGGAGGAGGCCAUCCUGGGCACCAUCGGGGCACGGCAGGAGAUGGUGCGGCGGAGUAGGGAGAGAAGUCCAUUUGGAAACCAGGAGAAUGUUCGAUGGCGUAAGAGUGUCACACACUGGAGACAGACCUCGGACCGUGUGGACAAGACCAAAGAUGAAAUGGAACAUGAAGCUCUGGUGGAUGGAAAUCUGGCUACAGAGGCCAGCCUCGUGGUUCUGGACACGCUGGAAAUCAUUGUGCAGACGGUGAUGCUGUCAGAGGCCCGGGAGAGCAUCCUGGGUGCUGUGCUGAAAGUCGUUCUGUACAGUCUGGGCAGCGCCCAGAGCGCCCUCUUCCUGCAGCACGGCCUCGCCACCCAGCGAGCACUGGUUUCCAAGUUCCCGGAGCUGCUUUUCGAGGAGGACACGGAGCUUUGUGCUGAUCUCUGCCUGAGACUCCUGCGCCACUGUGGCAGCCGUGUCAGCACCAUUCGCACGCACGCCAGCGCCUCGCUCUACCUGCUUAUGCGCCAGAACUUCGAGAUUGGCCAUAACUUCGCCCGUGUGAAGAUGCUGGUGACCAUGUCCCUGUCAUCCCUUGUGGGGACAGCUCAGAACUUCAGUGAAGAGCACCUGAGAAGGUCGCUCAAGACCAUCCUGACCUAUGCAGAGGAGGACAUAGGGCUGAGGGACAGCACCUUUGCUGAGCAGGUUCAGGACCUCAUGUUCAACCUGCACAUGAUCCUGACAGACACAGUGAAGAUGAAGGAACACCAGGAGGACCCCGAGAUGCUCAUGGACCUCAUGUACAGGAUUGCCCGGGGCUACCAAGGCUCUCCAGACCUGCGGUUGACAUGGCUGCAGAACAUGGCUGGCAAACACGCAGAGCUGGGCAACCAUGCAGAGGCUGCCCAGUGCAUGGUACAUGCAGCUGCCCUGGUGGCUGAAUACCUUGCCCUCCUGGAGGACAGUCGUCACCUGCCUGUGGGCUGUGUCUCCUUCCAGAAUGUGUCAUCCAAUGUGCUGGAGGAAUCCGCCAUCUCUGAUGACAUCCUGUCCCCAGAUGAGGAGGGCUUCUGCUCCGGAAAGAACUUCACGGAACUGGGGCUGGUGGGGCUGCUGGAGCAGGCAGCUGCCUACUUCACUAUGGGUGGUUUGUAUGAAGCAGUGAAUGAAGUCUACAAAACCCUCAUCCCCAUUCUUGAAGCCCACAGAGACUACAAGAAGCUGGCCGCAGUGCAUGGGAAACUGCAGGAGGCCUUCACCAAGAUAAUGCAGCAGAGCUCUGGCUGGGAGCGUGUAUUUGGGACAUACUUCCGAGUGGGCUUCUAUGGUGCACGGUUUGGUGACCUGGAUGAACAAGAGUUUGUGUACAAGGAACCGUCAAUCACAAAGCUGGCAGAGAUCUCACACCGACUGGAGGAAUUCUAUACGGAGAGGUUCGGGGACGAUGUGGUAGAGAUCAUCAAAGAUUCUAACCCAGUGGACAAGUCCAAGCUGGACCCACAGAAGGCCUACAUCCAGAUAACCUACGUGGAGCCGCACUUUGACACCUAUGAGCUCAAGGACCGCGUGACCUACUUCGACCGCAACUAUGGGCUGCGGGUCUUCCUCUUCUGCACACCGUUCACACCGGAUGGGCGAGCGCACGGGGAGUUGGCGGAGCAGCACAAGCGCAAGACCCUGCUGAGCACAGAGCACGCCUUCCCCUACAUCAAGACACGCAUCCGCGUGUGCCACCGUGAGGAGAUGGUGCUGACACCAGUGGAGGUGGCCAUUGAGGACAUGCAGAAGAAGACACGGGAGCUGGCCUUCGCCACUGAGCAGGACCCUCCAGAUGCCAAGAUGCUACAGAUGGUCCUGCAGGGCUCCGUGGGACCCACUGUGAACCAGGGCCCCUUAGAAGUGGCCCAAGUAUUUUUGGCAGAGAUCCCAGAAGAUCCCAAACUCUUCCGACAUCACAACAAACUACGACUCUGCUUCAAGGAUUUCUGCAAGAAGUGUGAGGAUGCACUGAGAAAGAACAAGGCCUUGAUUGGGCCAGACCAGAAGGAGUACCACCGGGAACUAGAGCGCCACUACAGUCGCCUGCGGGAGGCUCUGCAGCCUCUGCUUACCCAGCGCCUGCCCCAGCUGCUGGCACCAAGCUCCAGCAGCCUCAGGAACUCCCUGAACAGAUCUAGUUUCCGGAAGGCUGAACUCUGACCCUACAGCACUGAAAUCUCGCCAGAAGACCCGCACCCACACCUCAGCUGUCUGUGCCUUCCUGGAGUCACUCCUGCCCUCUCAUCCAUGGGUGACCACAACAUCUUUGGGGCUGGGCCCUCCAUCCCUCUGUCUGCACUGAUGUAUCCUAAUUUUUGUUUUGUUUGUUUGUUUUUAAUUUAAAAUAGUUUUAUAUGCAA